AUGUCACCAUCAUCGAGCAGGAGAAGAGUUCUUAAUGAUAUCUCUUUAAAUAUUAUAAGAGAUGGUGAAAAUGAAAAUAAGGAAAUUCAAAAUAAAAAUAUAGCAAAAAAUGAUUCUACCUAUAAUAAUAAAAAGAGGCAAAUAAAUCAAAACAAUAAAAUAAAUAAUAUUAGUCGUUCAACUUCUUUAUCAAAGAAGUCCAAGAAUUUUAAAAAUCAAAAACCUCUAGUGACAGCGUUAUUCAUUGGAAAUUUAUCAUUAGAUGUUAACGAAGAAAAAUUAAAGCAAGUAUUUAAGAAAUUUCCAUCAUUAGUAUCUGUCAAAAUUUGUACGAAUUCCACAACAAAGGAAUCAUUGGGUUAUGGUUAUUUAAAUUUUGGAGAUAAAGAAGAUGCCGAAAAGGCAACAGAAGAAUUUAAUUAUAUCAACUUAUUUGGAAAUGAAGUUAAGAUUAUGCCAUCAUUAAGAAAUUCAUUUUAUAGGAAAAAUAUUGGUACAAACUUGUUUUUUUGUAAUUUACCAUUAGAUAAUAAAGAAUUGACUACAAGAAGAUUUUAUGACACUUUUAAGAAAUAUGGCAAAAUUUUAUCUUGUAAAUUAGAUAAAAGGAAAAAUAUUGGGUUUGUUUACUUCGAUAAUGAUAAAUCUGCAAAAGAAGUUAUAAAAGAUUUUAAUAAUAAAGAAUUUUUUGGUACUAAAAUUUUAUGUGGGUUACAUUUUGACAAAGAUGUCAGAACCUUCCCUGAAUUUGAAAAGAGAAAAUUGAAAUUAGAUGCAAAUGAUUUUAUUAGAGAAGAAUUAAUUGUAGAGGAAGAUGAUAAUAAAACCGCUUUAGAAUCCACUUCAAAUCAAAUCAAUAACAAUAUCAAUACUAUUAUAAAUAAUAGUACUAAUAAUAACAACAACAACAGUAAUAAUAUCUCUAGUACUGAAUCAAACUAUGUUAUUGACUCAAACUCUAUAAUUGAUGAAACAAAUAAAAAAACAUAUCCAAAUUCCGUUUUCGUCAAAAAUCUACCAAUAAACACUACUGAUGAAGAAAUUUUAGAUUAUUUUAGUGUUGCUGGUCCAAUUAAAUCAGUCUUUUCUUCAAAAGUUCCUAAAUUUAAUUCAUUAUGGAGUAUCAUAACUUAUAAGAAAAGUUCGGAUUCAAUUAAAGCAAUACAAACUUAUGACAAUAAAACUUUUAAAGAAAAAGUAAUAAGUGUGACAAAAGCUCAUUCAAAAUUACAUGAAUCACAAAAUUAUUCAACAUACCAAAAUUAUGAUAAUUAUAAAAAAAUUAUUUACUUAACAAAUUUGUCACCAGAUUGUAGCGUCAGUUUUUUAACUAAAUUCUGUCAACACUCUAAUAUCCAUGCUGAAGAUAUCCAAAUAUAUGCAGAAGUUAUUAACAAUAAUAAUAGUAACAAUUCUAACAGUAAUAACAACAAUACUACGCUUUUAUCUGGUUAUAUAAAGUGUAAAUCAAAGUAUGAAGCAUCGAAAUUAUUUGAAUUGUUUAAUGGUAAAUUGAUUUAUGGUAAUAUAAUAAAAGCGUCAUGGGUUCGUGAAAUACCUCAAAAUUAUAAAAAGAAUUUUAGAACUCCAACAAAUUUAACAUCACAAAAUGUUAUACCAGUUCAGCCAUAUUCAUUAGGAUAUCAUGGAUAUUUUCCACCAUUCAAUCAAUUUAAACAUCCUUUGAAUAAUUUGAAAAAUUGGGGACCUGAUACAAAUUUAUUAAACGAUCCUUUAAAGAAAAGCUUUUUAGAAUCAUUAAAAUUGAUAAUUAAAAGAACAUUGAACUAUAUUAAUUCUAAUUUGAAUUUAAAAGAUUCAGAUUUAACUUGUAUCUCUGAAUACAUCUUAAAAGUUUACUGGCGCAAUGAAGUAAUCAAUUUGUCGAAUUUUUUGAUGUUAUUAGACACUAACAUUCAAAGUCAAAAAAUCUUACAGUAUCAAUUAGAAGAAGCAAUCAGGUUUUUAGGUUAUGAAAAGUAA